AAUUAUACUAAUGCCUAGCACGCCCUGGCUCGCAUUGGCCCAACCGUGGAAAGAUGGCUAAUGUGAGGGCAGGCCAGUGGGUGGGGUGUGGAUGGGGGACCAACAUGUUUGUACUUAGUAUGAGGCAACUGUGCCUAGUGUGAGUACGCCCUAAAAUCAGUGUCAAAUUUGCAAUUGUGGUGAUAGUUUUUGGAAAAACAAACAAACAAAAAAAUGCAAACUUGCUUGUGUGAUGUUGUUUGACUGUAUUUUAUUUGUUAUAAAUAUUAGAAACAAUAACUCAAUACAGGGACAUUUUCUUGCCCCAUAAGGCUAAUAAGGCCAUUAAUUAUCACUCUGACUGACUCCCUUGCCCGUGCACUGAAUACUGAACUAGGGAGCUGAUUGAGAAGCACCCAGAGAUUUAGUUUGGAUUUGCAAACAAGUUCUUUUCUUUCUUUUAAUUAUUCUCAUCUUAAACAUGACAGAGUGUCCAAACACACGAAAACUCCUGGUGAAGCAACUGAGAUCCACGUGACACUAUUAUAAAGAUGGCGCUAAUUAAAGAGGAGAGUGAAGACAUGAAGAUUGAAGAAGCAUUUAGAGUGAAACAAGAAGAUACUGAGGAACAAACAGACCUGAUGGCACUGAAAGAGGAGAGUCAAGAAUUGAAUGAAGUGAAAGAAAAACAGUAUGCGAAACAUUAUGAUUUCAUAAUUGGAGAUAAGUCUCAGUGCUCACAGAAUGAAAAGACUUCAUCGCAAAAAAGAGCUCGAAAGACAGGUCCUAAAAGUGAUUUCCCCUGCUUACACUGUGGAAAAAGUUUCAAUCAAAAAGGAAACCUUAAUGUCCACAUGAGAAUACACACCAGAGAGAAGCCUUUCACAUGCCUUCAGUGUGGAAAGAGUUUCACACUUAAAGGAAACCUUAAAUCCCACAUGAGGAGUCACACCGGAGAGAGCCCUUAUACCUGCAAACUGUGCGGCAACAACUUUUCUCGAAAAGAAAGUCUUAAGACUCACAUGAGAAGUCACACUGGAGAGAAACCAUACACGUGUCUUCAGUGUGGAAAAAGUUUUACACGUAAAGGAACCCUUAAUACCCACAUGAGAAGCCACACUGGAGAGAGUCCUUUCAACUGUAAACUGUGUGGGAAGAGCUUCACACGAAAAGAAAGUCUUAAGACUCAUAUGAGAAGUCACACCAAAGAGAAGCCUUACACAUGUGAUCAGUGUGGAAAGAGUUUUACACGUAAAGGAACCCUUAAUAUCCACAUGAGAAGUCACACUGGAGAGAGCCCUUAUACCUGCAAACUGAAUGGGAAGAGCUUCGCAAAAAAAGGAAGUCUUAAGUCUCCUGUCAGAACUUACACUGGAGAGAAACAUUUCAUAUGUGGCCAGUGUGGAAAGAGUUUCAGAUGUGAAGAAAAUCUUAAUCAGCACAUAAAGAUUCACUCAAGAGGAAACUGUUUUUCAUGUCAUCAGUGUGGAAGGAGUUUCACAAACAGGAAAAACCUUAAGAAUCAUGUAACAACUCACAACGGAGAGAAGCCUUUUAUGUGCCUUCAGUGUGGAAAAAGUUUCAAUCUUAAAGGAAACUUCAAGGUUCACAUGAGAAUUCACACUGGAGAGAAGCCUUUCACAUGUGAUCAGUGUGGGAAAAAAUUCAGACAUAAAGUAACCUUUAAUUACCACAUGAGGAUUCACUCAAGAGAGAACUGUUUUUUAUGUCAUCAGUGCGGAAGGACUUUCACAGACAGUGAAGAACUUAAGAAUCAUGUAAUAACUCACACCGGAGAGAAGCUUUUCAUGUGCCAUCACUGUGGAAAGACCUGCAUAAACAAAGCAAACCUUGAUAUUCACAUAAGAGUUCACACUGGAGAAAAGCCUUUCAUCUGCCUUCAGUGUGGAAAGAGUUUCACACGUAAAGGAAACCUUGAAGUUCACAUGAGAGUUCACACUGGAGAGAAGCCUUUUACGUGCCUUCAGUGCAAGAAGAGUUUCACAUAUCAAAGAGACUUGAAUCGUCACUGGCAAACUCAUUCUGGAAAGAAAUUGCAAUGUUCUGUGUGUGGUAAGAGAUUUAGAAAGAGAAGCAAUUUUGAAAAUCACCUGCGCAUUCAUUCUGGAGCAAGGAGAUUUAAUUGUGUUCAGUGUAAUAAAAAAUUUAUUUUGCCAUCACACUUGCAGAUUCACCUGAAAAGUCAUGCAUAUGUGAGACCCUAUUUGUGUUCCUUGUGUGGAAAGAGAUUUAAAUGGCUUGGCAGUUUAAAAUGGCACCAGAAAAUCUGUAUAGUACGAAAUUAAUUUCAAUUGUAUAGUGUCAUCGCUCAAUUAUUGAUUCAGUUAAAUAUCUCAGAAACAAAUAUCAGAUACAUAAUCUUCUUUCUUGCUGUGAAAUGCCACAAUGUAAAUGAACAGUCAGAAAUAAAGAGACAAACUGAAUGAAACAA